GCAGUUCCACAAGACGCAAAGGGUCCAAAAUAUUAUAUCAUUGGCUGUUCUAAAAAAAGUAAAGGAAAACCUGCAAACUAUUGAUGCAAAGACGUGUGCCUCCAUGUUUUUUUUAUAAUUUCAACCUACAUUUUAAUUUAAUUGGCGGUUCGCUCUUCCCCAAAAAUACGAAGUACGUACUUAAGAUGUCUAAUAGGGUGCCCCUAAAAGAAAUACCAGAUACACUGAGGCGAUCACAUCGACUUAAUGGCGUCUUAAAACUAAAUACUUCCACUAGCUCCACCUCAACACAAUCAAAGGCUUCCAUAACUCAGAAAAAUGUCAAGGUCAUUAGCAGUAAAAAGCCUUGUCAACGUCGACGUAAAGUGACCACAAGUGCAAGUUCGUCUAACUCGGCUACAUGCAAAAAGCCAAACAACGUCAGACGAACAAAAUCAGACUGUGUUGUGAUCGAUAUCGACGAUCCAGUUCCAAGUUCCGGAUUAGUUCCAAAUCUAGUUGGUAUUAAGCCAGAGGAUUUAUGGCUAUGCCAACCUUCAGUUGCUCAUGAUAUGUAUUUGUACGCCAAGAGCCUAGAGAAUCGACAUUGCUUCUCGCCAAAUUAUCUAUCAGUUUGUGGCUCUCGAGUUACCAACGAAAUGCGAGCUACAUUAGUUAACUGGAUAGUCGAGAUUCAUGGUCAUCUGAAGCUAGAGCCAGAGACAUUGCAUACAGCUGUUCGGCUAUUGGACGCAACCUUGCAACAUUUCAAAGUUGGCGUGAAUCGGUUACAGCUAUGUGGCUUGGCAGUUUUCUGGCUUGCUACAAAACUUGAGUCAAGAGCUCUUAACGCCCAGGAUUUGUUAUAUCUGAUGUGUUAUAAAGGAGAUGUUUCGAUUCUCGUUCGAAUGGAGCAGACCGUAUUAAAGAUGCUUAACUUUCAGCUUCAGGUGGCCGAUCCUAUCUUCUUUCUUAACCGAUUGAUGCUCUAUGACGAGAACGGUCAAAGCGAAGAGUUUUACAACACCUGUACAUACUGCAUGGAUGCUAUCCUGCAUGACAUCACGACGGUGGAAACCCCGGCCUCCGAGUUGGCUAAUGCUGCCCUCCUAGCUGGGCGAAUGAUUGAUGGGCACAUGGGAUGGCCAUAUCCGAUUGGGUAUGCUACAGGACACUUGCCAUCACCUAAGAAGCUUGAACCCUUGGCGAAGAAAAUGAUUCGAGCCAUACUUGAGGCCAGCGAAGGAAAGUCGACCUAUUCUGGGGCUUACAAGAAGUAUGCGAACCGCAAGCAAUUUUACGGUCUAAGUGAAAGUGAGAAGUUCAGUUCUGUUAAUUUAAACAAACUGAUUGGAAUGCUUCCGAAUUCUAGUUGUUAA